AUGAUUGAAGAACUUCUGUCUGGCAUCUCGCCCUCCAGAACAGUCUUGGGGGUGAGUCUGGCUCUUUUCAUCGUCUUCUGGGUGAUGAAACUGCGAGUGGCCCACCAAAUCCAGUCACUGGGAGGGAAAUCACCAGAGAUUCCUACCCAUCUUCCCGUGGCGGCCGAUUUCAUCUUCAGGUCUCUAAAGGCCGCCAAGAAGAACCAGGAUCUAGCGUUCUGGCAAAAGGCUUUUGUUAACGCUCAACAAGCGCAUAAGCUUCCAUCCGUGCCUUACACGGCAGAGAUCAAUCAAUUAAUAUCGAACCGGCUCGUAUUCACCAUUGACCCGGAGAAUAUCAAGGCCUUGUUAACUGGCCAGUUCAACGACUUUGGUAAAGGAGAAACCUUCCAUCGGGAAUGGCGCGAAUUCCUGGGCGACAGCAUCUUUGCCACCGAUGGUGAAAUGUGGUCUGCGUCUCGACACCUAAUCCGCCCCAUGUUUACUCGAGACCGCAUUGUUGAUACCGAGAUUUUCGAGACCAAUGUUCAGAAACUCAUUCGUCUCUUUGGAGGCAGUGCAGCCCCCAAUGGAACUAAGAUUGUCGAUGUUGGGGGGCUGUAUUUCCGCUACACUCUUGAUGCCUCCACCGAUUACCUCCUAGGCAAAGGCACAGAUAGUCUGGAGAAUCCGACGACUAGAUUUGCUGAGGCCUUCCGAUAUGUACAAUCAAGACAGGCGCAAUACUUCCGCAUGGGCCCACUCAGCGGUUUCUUCUCUCGAAGGAAGUUCAGAGAAGAGUUAAAGAUAAUGGAUGAUUUUCUGCAGCCUUAUAUCGAAACUGUCCUUUCGCUCACCCCCGAGGAGCUGGAGAAAAAGCUUUCCAAACGGGACACUUUUCUCGAUGCUUUGGCACGAUUCACUCGCGACCCACGAGUGUUACGGGAUCAAUUAGUCGCCGUGCUUCUCGCAGGCCGAGAUACUACAGCUGGGACACUCUCUUUCUGUACAUUCGAACUUGCUCGUAACCAAGAUGUCGUCGCAAAGCUACGAGAGGAAAUCGCAGAGCGCCUUGGUGUCGGAGCAGAUGCCAAGAUCCCGACAUAUGCUGACCUAAAGGAAAUGAAAUACCUAAAUGCCGUCAUUAACGAGACGCUUCGAGUCUAUCCCGUCGUGCCAUUCAAUGUCCGUUAUAGCCUCCACGAUACUACUCUCCCCCGUGGCGGCGGCCCCGACGGCAGAUCCCCCAUUGGCAUCCGGGGAGAAACACGAGUCGUCUAUUCAACGAUGCUCAUGCAGCGCGACCCGGCAUUCUGCGAUCAACCCCCCAACGCCGAGAGAUACUAUGAUCCCGCGAAAUGGAUUCCCGAACGCUGGACCUCGGGCUGGCAGCCAAAGCCAUGGCAUUUUAUACCUUUUAACGGCGGGCCUCGUAUUUGUAUUGGCCAGCAAUUCGCCAUGCUCGAAAUGUGCUAUACUAUUGUACGGAUUCUGCAAGCGUACGAAAAGAUUGUCGCUGUUCCGAGGUCCGGUCAUGAUAAAGUUGAGGAUCCCGUUUUGCAAUUUGAAGUAACUCUGUCUCCUGGCGCUGAGAUGAAUUGUGUAUUUUUGAGAAAAGGUGAAGGGAAUUCUUGA